GGAGGCGGCGCGCUCCUGCCCGCCGGGGAUGCGUGUGUGCCCGUGCGUGUCUGCGCGCCGCUCACCUCGGUAUCGCUCGGGUCACUCGGUGGCGGGUGGAUCCAGCUACUCCCGGCGCCGGCGGGAAUCGCUUUUCCCAGCGCGGCCGGUUCUCGCUGAGGUCCCGAGAAGAGCGUGAGUGAGCAGCGGCUGUGAGCGAUCACCUGACACAAGCCAUGUCCCUAACAAAACGUUGGUGAAAAAGUGGUGAAGAAGAUUUCUGGGAUACAGCAGCGCCAGUACUGUGAAGCCGCUUCUGCAGGUCAGGGGCAGCAUUUGCUGGAGGAUGCCGUAGCCCAGGAGGUGAGGCUCGUGGGGACGAGGUCGAUGGCUUGCAUGGAGCUUCUCUACCUGGCUGAGGAGAGCAGACAGGUGCCCCUGGGUGCCGCUACUGGCUGGAGCCUGUCCCCCCAUCCCUACGAGCAGCAGCAGUGUGAGGGGGGUGAGGUGGACCCCAGAGCAGCCGCUGCCGUGGCAGCCCUGCACUGUGAACGGCACUGCAAGCCCUUGCAGAGGGGCCCUGUGGCUGAGCCCCCCCUGGCACCCCAGCCCUCCUCCCUGGGCACCUCGCCCCAGGAGCACCCUGCCCCCUCCAGCACCUCCCAGCCCUGCCACCCAGCUGAGCGCUCGCCCAGGGAAGAGGAUGGAGGGAGGAAGAAAGCCUGCUGCUGUGCCCAGGAACUCGAGACAUCGUUCACCUACGUGGAUGAAAAUGUAAAUCUGGAGCAUGCACGAAGUCCCCCCACUCCUACAGGUGGCCGGGAUGCCCCUCUGCAGCAGCAUUCCUGCAGGGAACUGCCACCUGCAUGGGUGCACGAUUCUCCUUCCUUGGUCUCUGAGGAGGAUGAUGCUGCCUCAGAGGCAGCAGCUGGGAAAUCUGUUGACUAUGGAUUCAUUAGUGCCAUUUUGUUCCUGGUUAGUGGCAUUUUGCUGGUGAUAAUUUCCUACGUGGUGCCCAGAGAUGUGACUGUGGAUCCCAACACCGUGGCUGCCCGGGAGAUGGAGAGGCUGGAGAACGAGAGCGCAAGGAUCGGCGCUCACUUGGACCGCUGUGUUAUCGCUGGGCUGUGUCUCUUAACCCUGGGGGGCGUGGUGCUCUCCAGCCUGCUGAUGAUGUCCAUGUGGAAAGGGGAGCUGUACCGGAGGAGCAGGUUUGCAUCCUCCAAGGAGUCUGCAAAGCUGUAUGGAUCUUUCAAUUUUAGAAUGAAGUCUGGAGCAAAUGAUAAUAUGCUCGAGCUGUCGUUAGUUGAGGAAGAUGUGCUUGCCAUAGAUAAUUAGUGUGGUCAUGAUUUUUAAGGCAGCAUUUCUACAGGAAAAUAUGUUUCAUUAAAGAAAGCAGAUGCAGCUAAAGAUAGCUGGUGAUGCAGUUUAUUUGUCUGACAGGAAUGGUGUUAUCUUAAGCUCUAUAAUCAAAUAUUUGCAAUAUUUGAGUACUUGUUGUAAAGGGGAACUGUGCCAGAUGAAAUGCAAAUGAUAUAAAAUAAUGAAAACCACUGAAUAAAAAGAGACUUGUGAUAA